AUGGAUUUUAUGGCUGUGAAUUUUGAUGGGACUGCUGGGGGUCAACUUUGUAUAUGGGACCCAAAUUUUUUUCAAUUGGUAGAUUGUUAUAAUAGUAGGAGAUUUAUUCUCCCCUCUGAGACCUUGCUGAAUUCAUUUGAUUAUACUAUUUUGAAUGUGUGUGCACCAAAUGAGGUGAGUAGUAGAUGUAAAUUUUGGGAAUCCUUGCUGAAGCUAAAAUCUGAGUUUCCAAAACCAUGGUGCUUGGAGGGUGACUUAAAUGAGAUUAGGAAUAUUAGUGAGAGGGUGGGUUGUUCUAGAAGAGAUAAGGGGAUGUUGGAUCUAAAUUCCUUCAUUGAGAGUUGUGAGUUAAAUGAUUUACCAUUGCUCGGCAGGAAGUUCACAUGGUGCAACACUCAAGAUGGGGAGAAAUGGAGUAGGAUAGAUAGAAUUAUGCUUAAUCCAGAGUGGAUGCUGAAGUUUAACUUCAAAUUAUGGGGUCUUCCUAGGCUAUUUUCUGAUCAUUGUCCUAUUUUGCUAAUGGAUGAUGAGACGGAUUGGGAACCUAAGCCUUUUAGGUUCAUUAAUGCCUGGACUCUUCAUCCAAGUUUUCCCUCAUUCGUGGACAAUGUUUGGCAUGAGUCUAGAAUUAUUAGGAGAGCAGGGUAUGUUUUGUUUCAGAAACUGAAAAUUCUGAAGUUAAAGUUGAAAAAAUGGAAUUCUGAAGUUUUUGGGAAUCUAUCAAGAAAACUCAAGAAGGCAGAGGAGGAGUUGGUUGAAUUGGACAUUCUGGCUGAAGGUAGACCUCUGGAGGAGGCUGAAAGGUUUAGAAGAAGAGAAGUGAGAGGUGAAGUUUGA